AUGACCACCGAGACCGCCAAUAACGACCCAACAAUGGCUGCAAAUGCCACCGCCGCAAAAUCACAAGUCGGCGGAGCUCCAACGCAAGCAGCACAAGUACAAACCUACUCUCCCUUCGGGUCUCCAUUCCGAACCCAUACAAGCUCCUUCCAAUCUCCAGCCAUCCAACAGCGGCUAUCCUUUGAUGAAGCUACACCAAGUGCCAACCACAUUUUGGCGGACUAUUUUUACGAUGGAAGUCGAGAGAGACCUUUGCCAGUUUACCAUGACCCGUUCCGCCCAUCCCACCACAUGGGACUAUUCAUCCACCAAUCCGAGAUUCCAAGCGGCCACCAAGUAAUCAAGACAACUAGUGUGCAAAAAAGUGGUGCCAUUGGCGACAUUAACAACGUUGACCUUGAGAUGGCACACUCAGUGCCCAAGUGUUUCGAAUCCUACCUUGGGCGUGCCUUGCUUUUCCGCGAGGCAGCAACUGAUUGCUUUGGUCGGAACAUUAACGCAUUCGUCGACACGAGCGCAACAGAUCCGGCCAAACAUCAGACCGCAACCGAGCUCAAAAAGGCUCAAGUCUCAGCUAGUAGGGGCGAAAAUGCCUGGACCUUCAAGCUCAUUUUGUUCUCGCCCACCCAAGAACCAUUCGACAAUCGCGUAUUCUCAACUGAUGACAUUCGUGUUCAUCGAGAAACUAUCCCUAACCUCGUGAACGAACCAACAAGCAAAAAAGAGCUUUUUGGAUUCACCAGCACCUGGAAAAUUGCCCACGCUGGCCAGAUGGAAGACAUCGAAAUGCGUGAUGAUAACAAGGUUGACCUCAGUUCUUUCUUUUAA